AUGGAUUAAUAUUACUAAAGUAACAACCAAAAUAUCUUAGAGUAAUACUUAGAGGAAUCAUAAGAAAAUGAGUUGUAGUAGGGCUAUUAUAAAAAAGACUAUUAUUACAAUAAAUAAUUGGAAGACAAGCAAAUAAAAGAAAACAUAUCUCUUUACCAUAAAGAAAUGAAUAUGAUAAAAAGUACUGAAAAGUUUAAAAAAAUGACAUACUCUACCCAUUAGAGUGCUGAUGAAGUAAUUAAGUUAAAAUAGAAAAAGUAGAUCAUGUACUCGUAAAAUGAACUCAAGACUUAAAUUGUUUAUCAGCAAAUAGCAAAUGAUAUAUUAAAAAACUAAAAAACUCACCAAGAUCUCCCAUAAUUUUUUUAGGCAAUCAUAGAAUAUUUAAAGUUUUUGUAUCAGAGGACUAAAGGAUAGAAUUUAUCUGUAAGUAAAAUUUUAGAAUUCAAGACAGAAACUUUAAGAAUAAAACAACACUUUAAAGAGGACAGAAAAAUCGAAAGAAAAUAUAUACUUCAAUUUGAAAAUUUAGAUUUUAAUGGAAUAAGCUGUUAAAGGGAAGCAGAUUAGAUUAAAAAUAAUUCGGGCAAUGGUCCUUAAGAAAAGGUUGAAAAAUUUAAAUAAAUAUACGAUUAGCUUUCAGAUGUAGAGAAAGAAAAACUGGUUGAUUAAUUGAUUAAAAAUAAUGAGUGUUUUUAAAGUGAAGGUUCAGAUGAAAAGGAUAAAGUUUUAUAAAAAUUAAUGCUUUUGGAAUUAAAUAGGGGCUUUUACAAUGAUUAAUAUAUUACAAAAGUUUGUUAUUUUUGUGAUAGCUUAAAUAGGGUAUUUUAAGGAUACUAUAAUUUCAUAGAAAUAUUAUAAAUUGAUGAUGAUUCGACUCCUCUUGUCUUGCAUCCAAUAGUAGUCGGAAUAAAACUUUAUUUUGAUGAGCUCCUGUAAGAGCCUAAAGGGAAUGAUGAAAAUAAGAAAAUUUAUUCAAAGCCUUCUAGUUUGCCUUAAGUAAUAUUCAUAAAUAUGGAUGGCUUUGAUAAUCCUUUGAAUUUAGAAGCUGUGAAAAAUUUCCCCACUUUUAACUAUUUUUCUAUUUUUCAUGAAUUUUUCAAUCCUGAUGGCAUAUUUUCGUUUUACAAAUAUAUUAAGCAAAGGAAGGAAGUACUAAAAUCCUUUUUCCCUUUUUUUACUCCUUUCUAUAAACAUGUGUAGGAAUACUACAACGAAAAAGCCAAAAGUAAAAAAUACACAACUGAAUAUGCAGAAUAAAAAUAAAAUGAGAAAUUAGACAGCCUUUACAGAGGAGUCAUAUCAGAUGAAGAGUUUGCCUUUUUAUUUGAAGAGUACAUUAUGUAUAGACUCAAUGAGUAUAGCAAAGUAGAUGCUUUAGUUUUUAGUUAUACUUGUGUUAUGAGCCCUGAAAAUAAAAGAACAGAAUAAAUUUUUAGAUUGUCAGAAGAAACUUUUUUCAACAUUUUUACCCAUAUUGCAAGAAGAACAAACUUUAGAAUGAUAUUUUUACCAAGGCUUAUCAUUAGAAACUUAUCAUCUAAAGAUCAACUGCCAUAAAAAAUCAUAUUCCCAUACUAAUUAGCAAACUAAAAAUAAUAAAAAGAGAUGGAUGUGCAGCUAGAAUAGCAUACCACACUCUUUAAGAAAGCCUAGGAAGAACUUAAAAUGUAUGAAUAGCAAAUAAGAGAUGUAUUUGGAAUUUUUACAUUUUAUGAAUAAUUAAAUGGGAAAGUUUAAUAUGAAAAUGAGAAUUUCGAACUAGUUAAAUACAUAUAAAAUAUAAAUUGUGGUUUCUUUUAGUUUUUUAAUUCUUUGAACAUUCUAAAAUAAAAGACUAACUCUUCAAUAUUUACUCAAAAAAAGAAUAUUCUACAUUGGAGAUUUGUUCAAUCUACAGUUUAUAUGUAAAACAGAAUUUAGGAAAUAAAAAAUAAAGAUUCAUCUAGAAAUAAUGGACUCGGUGUAGUAAAAAAAGAAUUUUCAUAUUUCAUAAAAUAUUUGAAAGAAAAGGAAAAUCUAGCAAUACAAAACUUAUCUGACCAAGAGUCUCUAGAUUUUCAGAGAUAAUUUUUAAGAAGCUUAGAACUUGUUGAUAGUAUUUUCCUUUUCUAGCAUAAUGAUAAAUUUGAUAAAAGAAGUCUAUCUAAUUUUAUUAAAUCUGAAGAAAUAUCAGCUAAAAAAUUUAGAAUAAUUAAUACCUUGAAUAAAUCUUGCUUCUUGAAUAAAUACUCAUAGUAUUAUGUUGAUUAUAAAAAUUAGAUGGUUUAUUUUUUCAAUAUCCUCUUUCCAGCUGAUCAAUCUAUACCGAAGCAGUAUGAUGAUUUAGUUUUUACUAUGACAAAUUGUGUUGGAUAAAUUCCAAAAAAAGACAGUUUAGAAGAUGAAAUUUAGGUAUAAAAAAUAUGUGAUUGGAAAUUUUCUAGAAUUACUCUGGGAUUACAAGAUGGUAUGCAAAAGCAUCGCUAGUACUUCUUGUAAAACGCAACAAUUGUCAAAACUACUAAAAAAAAUACUCUAAGUGGUGACAAACGAAAAUAUAAAUUCCUCUUAUUUUUUGGUGGUGAGAUUAAUUACUAUGAUAAAAAUAAAAAAGAAAUUAACUUGUAAAGUGAAAAUUUUAUUAAAAAUACUUGCUUGUAUUGUCUAAAGAUUAGCUAAGAAUCAUAUGCAGCAGCUGAAACGAUUUAUUCCUUUGAAGAAAUUAAAAUUUUUGGUAUAAAUGAAGAAUUUAUUCAAAAUCUAUCAUAUUCUUCAGGCAUAUCGAUGACUUACUUGGAAUAAAAAGAAUAAGAGCAAUAAAUUCAGCUUGAAGAAGAUAAGCAAAAAGAUUAAAAUAAAUAGCCAUAAGAUUAAGGGGGAAUUGAUAAAUAAAAUAAAUAAUAAUAAUAAAAUAAAGUAAAAGAACCAUCUGAUAAAAUUGAAGAUUAUUUAAUGUAAAGCUAUUUAUUUAUAUUUGGUGGUGAAUAUAAUAGCAAAACAGAAUAGUGCACGCUUCAAAACGUCAUAUUAUAUUCCAAUAUCGAUGAAGUUUUAAACAAAAUUAUUGAUAAAAUGUUAGAAGAGAGAAACAAUUUUGAGUUUUAAACUACAAUCAAUUAAAUCACCAAUGAUUUUAGAAAAACUGAUUUUUAAAAAAUAAAAUAUUUAGAAUUAAAUGAGGAGCGUAUACUUAGGGAAAAUACUUAAUUAUUAGAAGAAAUUGAUUUAAUACUGAAAAUUUAAUAAAAAGAUUAUAUUAAAAAGGUUUAAAUCUAUCUGUUGGAAAUAAAUCAGAUAUUAGAUAGCAUUUUACAACAAAAAAUAUCUGAUGAAUUAAAUGUUAACCAUAAAUUAAGCAAUUUAUAAACUGCUAAAUACACUUUUGAGGAGUUGAUUUAAAUUUAUUAUGAUACAAAUAAACUUAAUCAAGAAGAAUUGCUUUUAAUUUAUUCAAAAGCACUGUGUCAUAAAAUAUUAGGAUAAAAUUAAGUUGCACAUAGUCUAUUUUGUGUUAAUGAUUUAAUAAAUCAGCUUUGCUUAUAUAAUUAAAAAAAUACAGUCUAUUAUUUAAGUAAUCUAGCAGUGACAGGAAAUUUAAAGUUUUAUGAUACUACCCUUGAUAAUACUCUUGAAAGAAUAAGUAAAAAAUGCUGGGAAUCCCUUAAGUUAGACAAGGAAAAUAAGGACUUCUUAAUUUAAGAAUUAUUAUCUAACUAAUGUAGAUACUUGUAUUAAUAAUAAUAAGCAAAAUCAUUAGAAAUUUUAGAAAUAUAUUCUAAAAUAUUGGAAAAUUAUUUAUAAAAAAAAUAUUUUAGUAAUUAAUAUGUUGGAAAUAAGAAUACUAUACACAAAAAAUUGGCUGAGGCUUACUAAAUCUUAUACAAAUGCCAAAAAUCUGAUUCAAAAUAAUAGAUUUUUUAUUAUGAAUAAUCAUUGAAUUAUUUCGAAUCACUCAGAACUAUUCCUUAAUAAUGUAGAUAAAAUGUGGCAUAUGUAAUCACUAUGAUGCAAAUACCAAAACAAUAAUUAGUACAUUUAGACUCUAUCAAAUCUAUUAAUAAGAGAAAGGCCUUUAAGAUUAAGCCUACUGAUGGUAGUUAAUACAAAUAGAAAUUGGAUACUAGAGUUUUACUAAUAGGAGGUACAUGCUCCAAAUAUUAAAAUUAUUCAGACUCAAAUAAGGUAGAAAAUGCUCACUUUUUCUAUCCUGUUUUAUACCUAAAUUACUUGAAGAAUCAAAAAUAAAGCUUAUAUUAAUCCUAAGUGCUACAAAAAGUUGAUAUUAAACCUGAAAAUGGCUUUAUUUAAAGAAUAGAUUUGAACUAACAGUUUUCUCCUCACUAGAUAGCUUCUUUAAAUCAUAAUUAUAUAAUUUAAAGCACUCAUGUGUAAGAUCUAGAAUUAGAAGUGGUCGAAACAAAAAAGAAUCAAGGUCCAUAAGCUCAAGCUAAUCUAGAAGUGGCAAAGACAGAGCAAGGUAAGGUUGAGCCAAAGAAAUUCAAACUUGAUCAAAUUUAAUUGGAAAUAAGAAUACUAGAAUCAUAUGUUAUGGAUACAAAGAAUUAUUUCUAUAAUAAAAAAGAUGAUGACAUAUUUGAUGAAACUUAGAAAAUAUUCUAAUUCUAACAAACCUACGCUUCUAUCAACGAAUAAAAAAAAGAUAUAAAUAAAUCAGGUAAUUAAUAGCUAAAAGAUGGUUUAAAUACAAGUGUAUCUUAAACUAAUUUAAGUGAAUAGCAGCUUAUAGCAUAACUUUAGUAAAUGCCUCCUGUUUAUGGAAAUCAAGAAGAUAAAAUAGAUAUUAAAGAAAAAGUUGAUCAAGGAUCUAAAUUAAAUAAAUGCUAAAUUUAAGAACAUCAGUAAAACUAAGCUCAAUACAUAUAAAAAAUAUAAAAUAACAUAUAUACUAGCUAAGAUUAGAGGUUAUAUGGCUGUUUCUAUACUUCUUUGUCGUUUAUAUUUGAAACGAUUUUUAUAAAAUAAGCGAAUAAAGAUUUAUAUCAAAAUAGGAGAGAAAAGCCCAAAACAAAAUCAUAUUUUUGGGAAAUUAUGAAGCAACUAAAUAAAAUCGCAAAUAAUUAAGCUGAAAAAGAAACACAGUCGACUCUAAAAUCCUUAGAAUAUGAAUAAAAACACACUUAAAUAAUUUUCCUUUAAAAAUAAGCAAAAUGUCUCCUAUAAAGUGGUCUAAAUAGUUUUAGCACAUGGUGUCUUUAUAAUUAAACUGCCCAUUAAAAUGAAACUGAUAUCUAUUUGAAUAUUUUUUGGAGAAAAGGCUCAAACAAAUUGAUUAUGUAUGAUCAUGAAAAUCAGAAAAUUAUCCAAGUUUAAAUGAUGGUACAUAAUAAAAAAUUGAAUAAGGCCCUUGUUCCUAAUGAGAAUUAGAUAAGGUACGUAUUUUUCAACAACAAAGAUAAACACGUUUACAUAUGCAUAGAAGAAGAAUUCUAAUACAAGUUCUAAAACGUUUUAAUGAGAGCUCCUUUAUAAAAUAUAUAAUAUUAAUAUUCUAAAAUUAUCUUUGAAGAGUAAAUAAACAAGCAUGAUCCUUUGUAUCCUUUGUUGAAUAAAAUUACAUUUACCAUUAAUUCAAAAGACAAAAUCUUUGGAAUUGUUUAAGAAAAUCAAUAAAAAUAUGAACUUUAUGCUUUAACUGAUAGCAGCUAAAAAAAAUGGACAUUAUAAUAUUCUUCACCACUGGAUCCAAAAGUUAUUAUAAAGAGCUUUGAGGGUAUCAAAGAUUGUUAAAUAAGUCACUUAGAAAUCAUUAGUAAUUUUAGUGUAUAAAAUUAAUUGGAAUUUUUAUAAUUCCCUCUUUAGCUUGCUAUACUUAACAAGCAAAUAGAUAUAGAUGAAAUAAAAAAAAUAAAAGAACAUAAGUAAUUAUUUAGACAUUUAGAGGAAAAAAUUAGAAAUGUAAAUCAAGAUUAAAAUGAUUAAGAAAAGGCUUAAUUCUAGUAUAUUUCUACAGUGACAAAAAGGGAUAACAAAAUGUUAAACUAGGCAGUUAUCAAAUUCUUAUGCAAUCCCAGUGUGUUUUCUUUAAUAAAAUAAUCCUUCAAUUCUUUAGUCCUUGGUCAUUCUUUAGAGAUAGAAAGUAUAUACCAAUUCUCAUAAUUAGACUACCGAAUUUAGUUUUUAGAUAUUAGCAAAAUAACAAAUAUUAAUGAUGUUUGGCAAGAAUUUAUAGAAUUCUUUUUAAAGAAAGGACAUUACUUGAAGUACUUGAAUAUAUCAGGAUAAAAAUAACUAUUAACCAGAAUGAUAUAUAUGGAUAUCAACUUUAGCUAACUUUUAUACAUAGACAUAAGCAACACUAGUCUUUUGGAUAAAAAUUAACUAAUAGGAUAUAUACAAAAUUUACUUAAUUCAUGUAUUAAUUUACUGGGAAUUAAUAUCUAUCAGAUGAAAUUAGAAGAUAAUCCUAAGAAAAAUCUAAUUAAAUUUAAAGAUUUACAAGAAUAAACAUUUACAAGUACAUUUUUAAAUGACUAUUUUUUGAAUGUUUAUAUAGAAAAGGAGCUAUCAGAAGAAUUUUAACAAAAUGAUGAUAAUUUAUUAAAAGUACUUGAAAAUUAAUUCGGUCAAAAUCAUUAUUUUAUUGAUUAAGAAAAGAGACAAUACUAAAAAUUAAACGUAAAAUCCAAGUCUAACUUUGAAUUAGCUUUCUAAAGUGACAGAAUUGAUAAAAUAAUUCAAAAUAAUACUGCAUUCUAAGAUCCUAUUGUUUUUUCAACUGAAACAAAGUAUCUUAUCUUUGAACGUAGAAAUACUCUAAACGAAGAAAAAAAAUACUUCAUUAUGAAAUUUUACAGCAUCCUCUAAUCUGACUAGAAAAUUAUUCUGGAAAAUAUUUAAAGGAAUGAAAGCAUAAAUAUUUAAUUUAAUACUCGAGUUUUCAAAGAACUUAUUAUAUUGAAUGUAUCUAAACUUUUAAAUGAUGAAGGAGAAAAAUUCACAAUAUUUGGUAUUUUGAUUGAUAAUAGUGAAAAAGCCUAUAUUUGUAAAAUGAUAUUGCCUGUACCUACAGGUUCUGAAAUACCUUAAGAUAAAAUUAAGUUGUACAAAAGUAGGUCAAAUAUCAAAAAAUACUCUAAAUAAUGGUUAGAAGAUUGCUUUUUACCAAUUUAUCAUAACAAAAAAGUUAAAAACACAUUUUUAUGCGUAAAAGACAGCUAUUAAGUUGAAGGUUACUCCUUCUUUAGCGCUGAUGAAAUCAUAAAUUUUUGA